CAUAGUUAUCCGUACAGCCAAGGACUGAAGACAUUUACGCAGGAAAAAUUCUCUGGCAAGUUUCUUUUUCCUUCAUUUUUUAAAAAUUUCUUGAAUCACUGCCCAGCCACCAAUCCAACAUUUCACUCUGCUCAGCUGAAUCUGUACGAAAUUGCUUUCUCAUUGACCAUGGAUAAAAUGAAAGAUUUGAGUCUUAAAGAGACAAUUGUUCGAUCUGAGUUAUCUGAAGUGGAAGGUGUUCCCCUCAUACAGCCAAUUGCCAGCAUUUGGGACCAAGUGUGGAAGUUCAAAGCCAGACCUGACGAUGUGCUCAUCGCAACCUAUGCAAAAGCAGGUACCACAUGGACACAGGAGAUAGUGGAUAUGAUUCAACAAAAUGGAGAUACUGAGAAGUGUAAACGUGAGACGACUUACAAACGCCACCCUUUCCUCGAGUGGUUUUUGCCAGAGCCUCCAUCUGCACGCUACUCAGGUCUGGAGUUAGCUGAAGCCAUGCCAUCUCCACGAACAAUGAAAACUCAUCUGCCCGUGCAGCUGGUGCCUCCAUCCUUCUGGGAACAAAACUGUAAGAUAAUCUACGUGGCAAGAAAUGCAAAAGACAACCUGGUGUCAUACUACCAUUUCCACAGAAUGAAUAAAGGAUUGCCUGAUCCAGGAAGCUGGGAGGAGUUUGUGGAGAAAUUCAUGACUGGAAAAGUUCUCUGGGGUUCCUGGUAUGACCAUGUAAAAGGAUGGUGGAAGGCAAAAGACAAGCACCGUAUUCUCUAUCUCUUCUAUGAAGACAUGAAGGAGAAUCCAAAGCGAGAAAUUCAGAAGAUUGCGAAGUUCCUGGAGAAGGAUCUGAGUGAGGAGGUUCUAAACAAAAUAGUCCAUAAUACCUCAUUUGAGGUAAUGAAGGAAAACCCCAUGGCAAACUACACUAAAGACUUUCAAGGAAUAAUGGAUCACUCCAUUUCCCCAUUCAUGAGAAAAGGGACUGUUGCAGACUGGAAGAAUCAUUUCACUGUGGCACAGAAUGAGAAAUUUGAUGAAGAUUAUAAGAAGAAAAUGUCUGAUACCUCUCUUGUUUUUCGCGUGGAAUUGUAAUUACUUGCAAUGGAAAUUACUGAUCUUCAGCUUUUUCCAUGUUAUAUACUUUGCUUCUCCUUCACAAAAUGCCAGUGUGCCUAAGAUUCCAAGAGCUCUCUUUCACACAUCACUGAUUUCUCAUUACUGGGAGAGUGCUCAAAUUAUGCCAAAGUUUAAGUCUCUCUGAAGAAAAUAAUUCCACUGGAUACGUCUCAGUCACUCCUACCACAGUAACUUUCAGCAUUAAUAAAAAUAUUUCAGACACA